AUGGACGGCGAGAAGGUAACAAACGAAUUUGACUAUGUUUUCUGCGAGAAUGGAGUGGUGCAAUACCGGCAAGGGCAACUCAAGAGUAGCGAGAGCAUUUUAAGUUACAUCGGUGAAUCGACGCUGCAGAGAGUAAUUAAUUUCGCGCUUGGAUAUAUGUCCAAAUUAGAGCUGCCUGCUAAGAGAGGGAACUUUGUGGAGUUCCGUUCAAGUAUGAUCAACAUCUGCCCCGUGGGUCGCUCCUGCAGCCAAGCUGAAAGAGAUGAGUUUUCAGUGUUUGAUACGCAGCACAAAGUUCGCGCUAAGUUUGUUGACGCUCUACAGAAAGAAUUCAAAGAUUCCAAACUAUGCUUUGCCUUGGGUGGACAAAUAAGUGUUGAUGUGUUCCCGAAAGGUUGGGACAAGACAUUUUGCUUAAAACACAUUGAGGGAGAAAAUUUCACUGAAAUACAUUUCUUUGGAGACAAAACAUCUUUAGGCGGAAAUGAUUAUGAGAUCUAUAAUGAUGAAAGAACAAAAGGUCACACUGUUACUUCACCUGAAAAUACCAAAGAGCAAUUAAAAAAGUUCCUCAACAUUGAA